AUGAAAAGUCUUGUAUUUCUUUGUUUCUUCGCUGUCUGCGCUGCGUAUUUUCAAUUGCCAAAAGAUUGGGGACCAAAAAAGAAGAAAAUGGCGUGUGAGGAUUAUUGUGGUGGUGAGGAAAAAUCGACAAGGAUGGGUUUCGACUUCACGAUGGCCGGCUGGGAGUUGUGCAGUUGCUCGAUUUUUCCGAAAGAAUCUUUAUCGUAUCGAGAGGCGAUCGCAAUCCAUAGCAAUUGGACGUCAACAGUCUGCUUUAAACAAUGCGUUCGACGGUGUAGACGAACGAGGGGAAGAUGUGCGGUCAACAGUCCGCACAAUGAGCGCUACGCUGGUCAAUGUUGUACCCGAGCAAACACGAAUUGGUCAAUGAUGGCUCAAUGUUUCAUAAAUGGAACCGGUGCAUGUCAUCUUGAUCGAAAAUUGGCUACUGGAGCGAGCACGGUUCUCGGCAUUAGUGUCGGAAGUUUUGGUGUCAAUCAGGGUGGU